CUUGGACGAGCAAGGUCGACAUCCUUCCAGGCUCCCUACAACUGUGUCACCCCCAUACAGUUGCGCCUCACCCACAAUGGCGUCCAGGACAGCAUUGGCCUCAGCAGGCUGCUCCAGCUGCCGCUCAGCUGUUCUCAGGCUCUUUGCGGCAGACUUCGCUUCACCAGCACCUUUGUCCUCGCGACUCGCACCCGAGCUCGUCCUGGCCCGAAGAAACAGGCUUGGGCCCACGAUCGCCCGCCCUUACUCGACCCCCGCUCGCCGACCAGAAUCCUCAGCAGAUACGACCGGCACGGCAAGUCCACUGCCAAAGGACGUCGAAACAGUGCCCAGCAAUGACCAACAUGAGGACGUUUCACAGCAAUCUUCGCCUGGCACCCCUGCAGACUCUGUCCCGUGGUAUCUUCAGGUCGAGCCUCCGCGACAUAUCGCGACCCUCGAACCUCCGCCACUCCCGCCUGUGCCUGCCGACGGCCCACCCAUCCUCUCAUCGAUUCUCGAGUAUGCGGCCGAAGAGCUUGGCCUCGAUGAGCUUGCCCUGCUCGACCUCCGCGAGCUCGACCCUGCUCCGGCGCUAGGGACGAACCUCUUCAUGCUCUUCGGCACUGCGCGAAGCGAACGCCACCUCCAUGUCUCCGCUGGCCGGUUUGUCAGGUGGCUGCGUGCCAAACACCGGGUACACGCCGACGCCGACGGCCUUCUCGGACCCAACGAGCGCAAAACCAAGUUGCGCCGCAAGGCUCGCAAGGCGAAGCUCCUACAGAUCAUGGGCACUGACGAGACCGAUGACGGUAUUCGGACAGGCUGGAUCUGCGUCAAUCUCGGCACGAUCGGUCGUUCUGGUCCCGAGAAAGCCAAUCUCGGCGAAGACGGGCGUCUUACAGGCUUUGGUACGACACAAGAAGGCACUUCUAUCGUCUUUCAAAUCAUGACCGAGGCUCGGCGUGCUGAGAUGAAUCUCGAGGCGUUGUGGUUAUCCAGUCUAGAGAAGUCUAGGGCGCUGAGCAAACCGGCCGAGACACCUGCUCUUGACGCAACGGUGCAGAGUAGCCGCGCGGCGGAUGCUCUCCAAACCCCGGCACGCCCCACGUUGAGCGAUGGGCAGGUACGCAAGAUAUCACCACAGCAGACGGCAUCAUUCUCCACGGUGCGAGCUAAUAAGUUUUCGGCAAGUCUCUUGGGUCGCAACAUGGCCAGCCCCCCCUCGAGGGUGGACGCUGAGUCUGCAAGUAGUGACGCUGAGGAGAAGUCGAGAGUCCUAGGAUUGCUCCAUAACUUCUUGAGAUACGGUCCCCCCGAGGAGAUCGCCAAGGCGACUGGCGGCCGGCCUGGGGAUAAUGCCGGCGAGACGGACUUCACAAGACUGUAUGACGGUACCACGGCCGAACUGAGCCCGGCUCAGAGCUGGGCUUGCCGGCUUACCUUUCAUGCAAAGUGCGUCGACAUCAAUCCGAAUCUUGCAGCACAUAAGGCAAUCAGUCAGAAGCUACUUCAGGAAAUGCAGCUGCAUGGGAUUUCAGCCACUAGAGAGCAGUACCUCGAGCUUCUUGGUGCAAUCUGCAGAGCCAGAUAUAGCGACGCGGCACCCUCACGCACAGAUCUUGCACUAUCACUGCUGCAAACGAUGCACCAGCGCGGCCAGGAGGUCCUCGCCAACGACGUGGUAGUAUCCAUGUUGGACGGUGCCUUCUCGCAGUCGGACGCCACAUCGGACUCGCCUCUGGUCAAAUAUCUUUGGGAUCUAUUAGCUCAGACGAAGCAGCCUUGCUUGAACGAGAAGUCUCUCAUUCAUCUUCUGAAAGCUUCGGUCGAGGUCCCAGAUGAAGACUAUGCCAUGCUCUGGAAUGUGUGGGAGCUGUCACCGCGACACCUGCAGGCGCGAUCCUACGAGAUGUACCUCGAGUUCUUUCGCACUGCCAUGCAGACCUGCGACGCCAAUCUCUGCGGCCAAGUCAUCCGGCGCUGCCUGCUCGAUAUGCCCCAUGAGCGACCCGCCGUGGCUCUCCAGGGCCGUCUUAGCGCAGCCCUGCGGGAAUGUAUCAAUGUCGCCGACCCAGCUGCGGAGCAAAUCGUGGCGAGACUGCCGCCCGGAGCGAUCAACGACAUCAAGUUGACACGGGGACGGGAGUUUGUUAUCAUGCUGUUGCAGCUGAAUGCUGCCGAGCAACAGGCUGCGUUGUGAAGAGCACGGGAAGUUCAACGGGCUCAUCGGGACCAUCGCCUCGGUCUUGUCGGUCAUCGCUGUAGAGUACAUGUACAAUACCUGUAAAUCUUAUACUUGAACAUGCAUAAUGUGAAGCGGCGAACCUUUUUCUCAUCAA